AUGGUUUUUGGCCAACUUGUAUAUUUUGCAGAGGAGGAAAGAUCACAGAAUGAUGAAAGCAACUCAACUUCAAGUUCAGCUUUGUUUGGUUUGAUAGAUGUUUUCAUAUAUUCAACAUUCUUCAUCAGAAUACAGAAGUUAGUCUUGAGUUUUCGGUUUUUCCUUCUCUGCCAACUUUUUUCCAGUGACUUGGAUGUAAAGGUAGAGGAGAAGAUAUUAGAAGCUGAAUCAAAUGUUAGCAGAGAAAGUGGAGAGAUUAAGAGGGAUGAAGUGAAAAUGGUGAUGGAAAAAAUGGGAAUUUUUUGCAGCUCAGAAAGUGAUGAACUUGAAGAAAAAUAUGGAUUAAAAGAGCUUUCUGAACUGUUUGAUGAGAAUGAGCCAAGUUUGGAGGAAGUGAAAAUGGCUUUUGAUAUUUUUGAUGAGAACAAAGAUGGAUUUAUUGAUGCAAAAGAGUUGCAGAGAGUUAUGUGUAUUUUGGGAUUGAAGGAAGGUUCAGAAGUUGAGAAUUGUCAGAAAAUGAUCAAGAAAUUUGAUGAAAAUCAAGAUGGAAGAAUUGAUUUCAUUGAAUUUGUAAGAAUUAUGGAAAACAGAUUAUGUUGAUUUUUUGUUCCUUUGUUUAAAGGAUUUAUAUAAUAUAUGAAUUUAUUUUGUUUAA